GCCGUAAUGUCUGGACGUGGCAAGGGAGGUAAAGGACUCGGAAAGGGAGGUGCCAAACGUCACCGUAAAGUUCUUCGUGAUAACAUUCAAGGUAUCACCAAGCCAGCCAUUCGCCGCCUCGCUCGCCGUGGUGGUGUCAAGCGCAUCUCUGGUCUGAUCUACGAAGAGACUCGGGGUGUCCUUAAAGUAUUCCUUGAAAACGUCAUCCGUGACGCUGUCACCUACACCGAGCACGCCAAAAGGAAGACUGUCACCGCCAUGGACGUCGUCUACGCCCUCAAGAGGCAGGGACGUACCCUUUACGGUUUCGGCGGCUAAACAACAACUUGCCCUAUCAAAAAACAACGGCCCUUUUCAGGGCCACUAAAUCCAACGAGGUCGAAAACGUUUAAGCAAACUGACCUAAUUUUAUUGAUGUCGUUUACACAAGGCCUCACAAUAUGUUAAAAAAUAUUAGCAUCGUUAUUAAAGAAGAUCAGAGUCGAAUAGCACACGACCAUCGCAUCAGAAACGUAUUAAUAUUCAUGAAUCGACGAAUGUGUCAAAUAAUCAGGCAAGAUUGUAAAACCAUGCAACCGCUAAUUCAGCGAAGUUAACUAGAGACUUUUAGAAGUGGUUUUAACAAUAGACCUACCAACGCUUCUCGUAUAUCGAUCUCUAUCGUCGCUCACGAAAAUGAGCGAUUUAAAUUUCUUUUUUUGUAAUUAAACGUGGAUCUUCGAUGGCGAUGCGAUAAUAUUUAAAUACAUAAACUAGUGAAAAAAAUUGCGGACGAUCAAAUUAACCGCUAGUAGUCGGUUUAGUGUUAAACAAUAGCUGUAGCGGAAUCAAAAAACAUUAUGAAAGUCAAAGCAUACCCUUCUUAUUGUCCUAAAUUAGAGUGCAAACACUGUUGAAAAGUACAGCUUCUGUGGCCAACUCAACAACAGUGAGUUACGUGUUCCGCGCCAAAAAUUUUCUGACACAAUCAAAAGAAUAAACAUUUGCCCGCUGAAAUCGAGACUUUCCCUUCUAAGGCUUUUAUAUCUGUGCGUGGGCAAACGUACGCUUUUAAUAGAUGUAUAGAUCACCGAAAAUUCCUAAUCGUUUUUUUAAUCGAGCCUAGAUUCGACUGCAUAUAUAUGUAUAUAUUAAAAAUACAUUUAAAAUUGUUUUCAGCGUUUGAUCCCUUAAUAUAUGGUGGCCCUGAAAAGGGCCGUUUUUUCAAUGACG